GGAAGAUGGCGGACAUUCAGACGGAGCGUGCUUACCAAAAGCAGCCUACAAUCUUUCAAAACAAGAAGUGUGUUUUGCUGGGAGAAACUGGCAAGGAAAAACUCCCUCGGUACUAUAAAAACAUCAGUCUAGGAUUCAAGACGCCCAAAGAGGCCAUCAAGGGCACCUACAUAGACAAGAAAUGCCCCUUCACCAGCAAUGUCUCCAUCCGAGGUCGGAUCCUGUCUGGUGUCGUAACAAAGAUGAAGAUGCAGAGGACCAUUGUCAUCCGCCGGGACUAUCUCCAUUACAUCAGAAAAUACAAUCGCUUUGAGAAACGUCACAAGAACCUGUCUGUGCACCUGUCCCCCUGUUUCAGGGCUGUACAGAUCGGCGACAUUGUCACUGUUGGAGCGUGCAGGUCCUGA